AUGGUAUCAAAGCUUGCAAUGGAGGAAUCUAAUUCAGGAAAUACAAACUCUUCUGCAGUCCCAAACACUAAUCCAAAUUGUAGCCAAAAUCUACAGCAAAUUGAUGAAAUGAAUUCAAGUGUUAUUUCUAAUGAUCCAACUCAUCCCAACAGUCCUUACUAUAUCGGCAGCAAUGAUGGAAGCUCUCUUUUGCUGGUUACUCAUGUUUUGGAUUCCAAUAACUAUAACUCCUGGGCUCUUUCAAUGAGAAGAGCUUUAAGGAUCAAAAGCAAACUGGGUUUCAUUGAUGGCACUCUUUGUGAGCCAAGGGAUCCCAAUGAUUCAUUGAUGGAGCAUUGUCUGAGGUGCAAUGACAUUAUCAUAACAUGGAUGCAGAAUGCUAUGGUAAUUGACAUCAAGAGUAGCACCAUUUAUGCUGAGACCGCUCAUCUCUUUUGGCUCGACCUCGAGCAGCGAUUUUCCCAGCAAAAUGCUCCAUGCAUUUUUGAAGUUAAAAAGGAUAUCACAACCUUGAUACAAAACCAAGAUUCUAUGAGUGUUUACUUCUCCAAACUCAAAAUUCUUUUAGAUGAACUGCUGAACUAUAAGAGCAUUCCCAACUGCAGUUGUGACGACUUGAAAACUGUGAUUCCAACAAAGAGAUUGGGUUAUGAAGUUCCUAAUGGGGCUAAAAGAGUCCUACAAGGAAAUUAA